ACUCACGAUCAGCCCUGCAAUACCGUAUUGUGGCAGUAGCCCUACUACUUGUCCUGUAUCAGUUUAUCCAGCCCUCAGGUCCACAGAGACCCGUUUCCAACGCGAUGUCACAAGCACUUGCAAGCUUGCUCCCAGAACUCGUCGGCUUCGAGCCUUGGUACGACAACUUCUGCUGGCAACCCGCGAGUAACUUCUUUCAAGCAGACGCUCCUAAUUGUCACCAGAGCCUCGAAACGUCGACUCGCAGCGCGAUGUCAGCGUCCACGGAAGUUUCUGUAGCCGCUAAACCGCGGCGCGGCGAUUCGAGCGACGAAGAACUAGCCAGGGUUGGAAAGAAGCGGCAUUCGGAGGAAAUCAUCGAGAGCCGCGCCGGAAAGAAGAAGUCCAACGGUUCCGCCGGAAUAGACAAUGCGGUUAUUAUUCAGCACAUGCUCAACGACGCGCUUAUCGCAGCGGGGCAUUCUUUUCCGGCAGGCCAAGCUCUUCUGCCGUCGCGCGGCGCUGCAGAUAUCGCAUACGAUUUCCCGCAAGUGAAAAAGGAAGCCCUUUCCUCGCGGAGUAACGAUUUGGCUGCCCAGCGGCCCGUGCGAGCGGAAUGCUGUGACACAGCCGCUCCCAUGGCGCGGUGUCCAGAUCAGCUUGCAUCUGCUGCGCCUACUAACCGCGGAUCUCAAUGGAGCGGGAAUCUUAGCAAGGGCGAUAUCCAACCGAGAAGUAUGCGCGAGAAGAAUCGCCGACACCGCAUCCUGGCUGCGUUCAGCAAGCUUGAAGACGCCAUUCCCUCUACGUUUUGCCAGCAGAGGCGGGCGUCGUUCACCAAGAUGGACACGUGUACCUUAAUCAGCAUGGCCAUUCAAUACAUUAAAAGCCUUGAACAACGGCGGGAAAACUUGGCCAAGCUUUGUAUGAGCAAUGCGAUGCUUGACGUGCAGCCUCCGUUUCAUCGUGGCAAUUUUUUCCCGCCAAGCUAGUUGCCCUGGCCUCGGUGGAUGUGUUUGUGUAAGUGUAAAUCUUGUUAAUAAAUAUUGUGAAAGCAUUUUAGCAUGAGUCCUCAUAAAGUUAGGAUAACGUGUCGUUUUUGAAAAAGAGUGUAGGUUGGUCUGGCGUGUAAUGACUCUGUAACGAAGCUCCCGUUGUGAGCCCUCUAUCGUCUCAUCAUCAAAUCCCCUGAAAGCCAGCACUUCCACGUCAGCUUGGAUUGAUCAUGACUCAUGAGUUCUCCCCCACCCACCCCCAGCCCAUCACACGCUCUCGCCUGCACAAACUGAGACAUGGGCCAACAACAGGCCUGCGGCAAUCUCGGUGGAGGGAAAUGUGAAGCUCCCUCUCUUGAACACUACGUAGUAGCACCGACGCUAGGCUGCGGCUCUUGCACUCCGCGCCGAGGGGGCUCAGUUCAAUUCAGCUCGGCGUCGUUCGAUUGCCUUUGAGAGUGUCGCGAUGGUUUCGGGAUAGCGGAGUGCGAGCCGAAAGGGCUUUGUCAGGGGACUUGCAGAAUGUCGAAAUUGGGGUGGUCGCUGCCUCGUUUGACUUCAGCAGCACAGCUAAGCUUAGUAAGAUGCACGGCAAAACCCCAGCGCAUGCAGACUAGUGGCUCGUUAUAUUCCGUAGACUGGAAGCAGGUGAUAGCUGAACGGCAAGAGACAGGAGGCAUGGAAGUAGUUGAAGAAGCCUCCACCAGCUCGUCAAAAAGUUCUCGGUUUUCGAAACAGUCAGCAAGCCGCACGGUGUCAAAACGCAGUGACGAGGAUCCAGUUCAUGCAGUAAUACUUGUUCACGGCAUCGUGUCAACAGUACGUGACUGGGAUUACCUUCGAGGGGAGCUGAAAAAGAAACUGGGACGUCGAUUUCUCAUUUAUGCAAGCUCGUCUAACGAGUUUCUUCUCACCUUCCAAGGCGUCGUAACGGCCGGAGAACGUCUAGCCAAUGAGGUCAGGACUCUCGUAAAGAAGAAUCCCAGUCUACAAAGAAUAACAUUUGUGGCUCAUUCUUUAGGAGGCCUAUUUUCUCGCUACGCGAUUGCCUUGCUCCACGAGCCACAUAACAGCGAGGGGGUUACCGUUGGUGACCCUGAUCAACGACCUGGGUUGAUUGCCGGUUUGGAGCCAGUAUGUUUUAUCACGUUGGCUACCCCACACUUGGGAGCUUUUGGAAAGGGUCAGCUUCCGUUUCUGUUGGGUGUGCAAUUUUUGGAGAAGCUCGCUCCGUCUGUAGCUCCGCUCGUCACCGGGCAAACAGGAAGCCAGCUCUUCCUUUCUGAUGGCUCAUUGUCGGAAACAAAGCUUCCUAUUCUCGUUGAAAUGGCCGCUGACAGCAAAGGCAAACCAUUCCUAUCAGCACUCAAAGCAUUCAGGUUGAGACUGUGCUAUGCAAAUGCUGGCUACGACCGCAUGGUUGGCUGGCAAACCGCGUCUAUCCGCAGAGCAGCUGAGCUUCCCGUGCUUCCGAAGACAUCGAUUAGCCCGCUUUAUCGCCACAUCGUGCUUGUCCAAAAUUGUCUUGCUGCUGAGGGCACUGAUUUGCCUGAUCCCAGAUCUUUCACAACUAACCCUUCUAAGGAUCACGAGCUUUAUCAAGAGUAUAUGAUUGCUGGUCUGCAACGGGUGUCGUGGAGGAAGGUGGACGUGAACUUUGAGGAGGCCUUCUGGCCAUUCUCUGCCCACAACAACAUCCUUGUGAAAAUGGAGUGGUUGCAUUUUGAAGGCGCUGGAGUUGUUAGACAUGUAUCGGACACAAUUCUAGAGCAGCACUCAGACGCAUUUCUCAGCAAACUCUGAUCAUUGGUCAUUUGCUGAUUGGAAUGGACGGUACCUUUUCCAAAGACACUGUGUUCCUGUCCCCUACUGCCUCUCGCAUCGCAUCCUUCCAGGGUGCCUCAAUGCCAUGCUGAGUGUAAUGAAUGGCACACCUCGCCGAGCAUGUCUGAGAACAGCUGCCUGCAAGACUGCUUUUUGUUUCUUUCAGUUGUGUAAACCUUUCGAAACCCUCACGCU